AUCUUGCGAGAGGCGUGAGUUUCCAGACUUCUUUGGCGAAUGGACAGUGAAAGAAAACGUGCAUUGCUGUCUCAGUGAUCUUGCAUCGUAGGCAGAGAGCAUCAGUUAGCACCCCUCAGCGUUGUAGCUCUUCACCUAAAGUCAAAAUCCAGGGCUUGUUGCACUGUGUUGGCCACUGAAAGAGGAGGUGAUGGAGCGAGUGGAGGAUAGCUCUCAAACCUGUGUCGACAUCUUUUAAACCAAGUAAAAAUACAUCAUUUGGGGAGAUUACUGUAAUGACAGCAAAUGAUUCCUCAGAAGCAGUACACAAGCUUAUAGGUGAAUGCAACAACAUUGAUAUUGUAAUCACCGACUAUCAUAUCCCUGGUUUGCAACUUAAAAAGAAGAUUAAAGAAGAAUUUGGAAAUCUACCUGUUAUUGGUGUAAGGGUUUUCCUUCCCACUUAUCGAACUGAUUUCAGCAGACAUGAACAAUGAAAUUGAACAAGAGACUUUAUCGUCUGGAGCACUAUGCUCCAUAAGAAAACCGAUCAAACCAAACGAUCUCAACACCAUAUCCAAACAUAUAGACCACACAAUUAACGAUGGUUCAAAGAAAAUUCAGGACGAUGCAGAUGGUUCAAAGAAAAUGCAGGACGACACAGAUGGUUCAAAGAAAACCGAGAAGACAACUUUAAGUAGCGAUCCGUGUGAUUCUUCAUCACAGGCGACUCAAAAGUCUAAGAUCAAAUGGACGGAAGCCCUUGAAAAUCAUUUUUACGAAGCCAUUGAACACAUUGGUAGUGUUCAUAGGGCAACACCUAAGAAGAUUUUAAAAUUCAUGAACCUGAAAUUCCUGACAAAAGCACACAUAUCCAGCAAAUUACAGAAGUGCCGACAAACCGUGAAAAGAGAUGAGGAAAGCAUGAGAAGGCCAAGAAUGGCUAUGUACCCGGAAUUCUCAUCAGCAGGUGGCUACAACUACCGACAACACCCUUACAACUACAACCCAAGGCUAGGCAACAGAAAUCUUUUCAAUGGCCAACCUGGCUAUGGUCUUGGUCAAUCUAGCUCCAUGAUGAAAAACAAUGCUGGUUUACAUGACUCUCUCAACUACAUGAACCGUAGACCCACCUAUGAUUUGAGCCAAACUGGAUCCAAAUUGUUUCCUAGGAGAGGAAAUCUUUGGUUUCAGAAUGGAACGUUGCCUCAAUGGAGAAACAUUCCCGGAACAUCUCAAGCUCCUAGGUUUGGACAAUAUGGUGCAACAAGCAAUGUUUUGGGUAUGAACUAUAAUCCUACUACUGGUACUACGGGUAGUAGUUACGCUGGGGUUAGAACAGAUGAAAAUAGAGAUUUGGUUGGACUUGGUGGAAUAGGAGUUAAUGGUAAUGAUAAUGGCUCUUUCGGUGGAAUAAGGGUUCAUGGCACUGGUAGUGAUAGCGGCUCUCUUCAAGGAAUGAGCGUUCAUGGUAAUGAUCAUGGGUCUCUUGAAGGAAUAAGAGGUCAUUGUCCUGGUAAUGGUUCUCUUGAAGGAAUAAGAGUUCACGAUAACAGCAAUGACUCUCUUGGUGGAAUAAGAGUUCAUGGUAGUGGUACUGGCUAUGUUGGUGAGAUAGGAGUUCAUGGUACUGGUAACGGUAAUGGAUCUCUUGGUGAAAAUUUUGACAUGAACUGGAAUUUCGGUAACAAUAACAUGAGUAACCAUGGAAGUUCAACUUCGGUGAUUCCUUCUGUAUUCUCAUCGUUCUUGGACAAUAAGGAUCAGUCACAAAACAGCUUGAUUGCUCAAACCGGUGGUGUGAUCCCUGGACUAGAGAAUUCAAAAAUAUUUAAUGAUCACCAUGACAUCGACAAGAUUUUUUCUGAUAUAAAUAACUCUCAGUUUCAUCAUCAGAAUCAGCAUCAAGGUAACCUGACUGGUGUAAAUCUUGAGGCACCCACUGCUUAUCCUCUUGAAGACAUUAACAGUUGGAGUUUUAAUGACGGUACCGAUAAUGAAGAACUGUUGAACUCUCUCGCUGCUAAUCCGGAUAUGUAUUUUCCUACUCAUGACAUGAACAUUACAAAUCAGGGUAAUAAUCAUGAAGAAACAUUUAACUCUCUUGCUGCUAAUCCGGAGAUGCACUUUCCUACUCAGGACAUGAACAUUACAAAUCAGGGUACUAAUCAUGAAGAGACAUUUAACUCUCUUGCUGCUAAUCCGGAGAUGCACUUUCCUACUCAGGACAUGAACAUUACAAAUCAGGAUCAUGACAACGAUGAAGACAUCAUGAACUAUUUAUCAUCGAUCCUGACAUGAAUUGAGAAAGCUCUCCCAGUUUCGUUGACUUGAACAUUUACAUUAAGCAUUUUUAACAAGUUCGGUGGUGCUUUCAUCAUAUUCAAAACUGGGGCUAUCUAUUUAUUUAGUUUAUAUGUUUAACUGGCUGUAUUGAGGAAAUAUGAAAACAUUUAAUAUGUAAGUUUCCUAUAAAAUAUUUUUAUGAAGCUAGAGGUAAUU